AAACCUCCGGUGCCGGCACGCACAGCCGUUAGUCCGUCGCCGCGAGCUUUGCCGUCCGGUUCCCACUGCGGUUAAACAGUAAAUGGCUUCCGUCGCCGUCCGUCAAACCGUACAGCUUCAACAGCCGCUCCGCCGUCGUCCCGGUCCGCAGCUGCUGCCGAUCCACUGAAACCCGUCGCGCGUAUUUCGUCCGCCGUUCGCGGUUUUCCGGUUUUCCCGCGCGUUUUUCAAAAGUCCGAGCCGAUCGGCAACCGACCGUCCAGGACACUCCAGAUACCCGCACUACGCUCGAAUUCCGCCGACGCCGCUGCAGGUAACACGAUCGAACAACAGUAUUCGGGAUACUGAAAUUAAAUUCGCCUAUUAAUUAUCGGGUAGGCUGUACUCGAAUAGUUGACGUACUCUAUACAAUUUAAACGCUUUCUGAGUUCCAACCUUUACACUGACGGUUGUCAAAAAUGUAAAUAAUUUUGUAAAAUACGUAUUUCGAUAUACAUAUAUAUAUAUAUAUAAUAAUAAUAAUAUUUGAAUACUUGUGCAAAUCGCGUAAUUAUUAUUCUUUUUAAACGUUAGGAAAACAUAGAAAAUUAACAAAAAAAAAUCGAGAUACUUAUGCGAAUAUAAUAAUGCGUUACGUCCGAUAAAACCGUAUACGAUGAUAGUUAUUGAAUACAAAAUGUGUUUAUCGUUGUAUAAUUAAUUCGUUCAAACUUCGAUUGGCUCGAAAUUUAUCGCGUAGUAGGCAAUACGUGCAGUCUUAUUGAAAUAUAUAUAAAUUUAGUUUUUUUUUUUUUUUUUUUAAUUUAAAACUAAAAAGAAAAAUUUGAAAAAUAUUAGCAAUUUAAAUCGGAAAAAUAAUCGAAUAAAAUCGUGAGUUUUUAAAAUGUAUACACUUCCCGCGUAUGAGUACAUUUAAAAACGAAUAAAAGAUUUGAUUUUCCGCGAUAUUAUUCGAAUGUAACAGCGAGUAUUUACCUAUGUAUUUUUUUCCGAAAUAGAAUUGGAAAAAUGUUUUCGUAAUGUGUGUAUUUGAUUAAAAAAAAAAAAAAAAAAAAACGCGGAGUUGAAUAACGCAAAACGAUUAUGUUUUAUGCGGAAUAAACUUCGAAAAUGUACGUAUUUUGAACGUCGAUGCGCGGAGUAUUUUUACCCGAAUAAUAUUUCACAGGUCUGAUCGUGAAAUCCGCGCACGUGUAGCGACGAAUCUCUCGUGUACAAUAAUAAUGUUCGUACAAUGAAAUACGUUUUACUUAAUCGCGAAAUUUUCCGGUAGACGGAGAAAUGCGAAAACCAAUACUGUUUUUACACGGAAAACGCGGUUCAGCGGGAAUAAAAAUGUCGGGUUUUUCUUUUUCUUUUUUUUUUCUUUUUAUUUUUUUUUUUAUUUUUCUAUCGCAAAGUAAACUUACGCGUUUUAUACGUCUUUUUCUUUAUGUUUCCUUUUAUCUUUUAUUUUUGUCGUUUUGUUUUUUACUGUUAAAACUUUUAACCGCUUCUUUGGCUAAUGGUUUUGCACGUCAUGACGCUGACGUCGAUUUAGAGUGUCGUUUUCAGUCCACAGAGUUAUUUUCACCUCCCCCCACCCUACUGUUUUGCGGUUCGUUUUAAAUGAUAAACCGGAAUAAUACCAAAACACCUAUGUACACAAAACAAAACCGUAACGCUCGAAUAAAUACAAUUAUUAUGUUUGUCUCGCUGGCGAAUAAUUAUAUUAGUAAUGAUAAUAUAAUGGUGCACUUUGUUGCUCAGAACGAAAUCUAAAACACCGUAUAAAUCUAAAACACCGACGAGUGGAAAUUAGCAUAUUAUUAUUGCUUCGUCCGAUUAGAGAGGACGCGCCGACGUGAAAUAGUAAAAUCGAAAGACGAAAAUAUCCAUAGAUAUUAUUAAAGUUCUGAGUGAAAAACAGUAAAUGACAUCGCCAGAGAAUUGUUUUUAGGUUGCUUUUUUUCAAAACUUUAUUUUUUAUUUUUUGUCGAUUGUACAACCGUUAUAGCCGUUUCUAUCGUAAAACAGCAUAAAAUUAAACGAUUUUAACAAGGCAUAGUGAAAUGCUAAUCACCACAAGCUAUUACAAAUUACGUUUCACAUACACAAAACACAUUUGUUAUUAAGCAAAAACUAUGUCAGAUUAGUUACAAAGUCAAUUACGGUGUUUAUAUAUCUUUACCGACUUUUAGCGACUCUCGUUACCCUUGGGGUGUAUAAAGAUUUUAUAAUUUAUUAAUUAUUUUAAGUUCUUAUAGUUUUUUUUUUUUAGCUAAACAUACUUACGAUAUAUGCCAAUUAAAUAGAUAUUUUUUUUUUUUAAUUUUAAAUGUACACAAUGUUUUGAUGGACAUCAUAAUAUUAUACCUCCUAAUAAUUAUUGAUUUUUGCAUUCAAAUACUUUUCGGAAAUUGUUCGUAUUCUUACAAGAAUAUAUUUUUGCACGAUAAAUACGAAAUUCCAUGAAAACUCAAAGGUUAGGGUUUAAACUCAUAAUUUAUUCGGCAGAGUUCACUCAGGUAUGGCAAAUGGAUUUGGACGAUUUUGGGAGUUUUUGGCCUCUUACGGAUAUCGAUAGGUACGACACACGUCGCAAUGAGGGCCAUUAAAAAUUCUUGAAUUUAAACAUGAAAACAUUUUUAAAAACCUACUUAAUUUUUGGACAUCAUUUUAAUUUUGUGACGUGCUCAAAGCUCAAUGGAAUUGUUGCUUUGUUAAAAUCUUUAUCAACGUCAUAAACCUUAGGCCAACAAUGUUUUUGGAUAUUAUCCGGAGUUAUUAUUUCAACUCGAAUUAACUGAAAUUCAAAAAUUGGAUUUUUCCUCUGUAAUUAUCCGGAUAAACUAUCAAGUAUAUAAAUAUGCAAAAUCGAAAAAAAAACAGCACAAUAUUAAAAAUGACAAGGACCUCAGACCAGAAAACUGUUUCCCGAUAUUAAAAUAUACGCUCUCAUUUUUUAGAAAUAAAAACAUUCGGGUAUUAUGUUAAAUUUAGUACCUGCAUCUUAUCCGUAAAAAAAUUUGGCUUAUUUUCCAAACUAAUAUCUUUAAGUAUCCGCGUGUACGUGUAUGCAAUAUCCAUAUGCGUUUAACUAUUUUGAAUCCUUAUUUUUUAUUCAUUUUUUUUUUUACUUCGUAAUAUUAUGUAGGUACUAACCUAUAAUAUAAUGUACUGACAUUCCAAUCCCAUGGUAAUAGCGUUUCAUAUAUUGUAAUCGAUACUUAUUAUUUGUUUUGAAAUAUUACAAAAACGAGUGUUGAAUAUUUAGUUCGUUUUAUUCGCUAUAACGCCAAAACGAAUAUUUUUAAAAUUAAAAAAAAACCCUAUAAUAUUUUCGUGGAUACAACGUGACGUUUUUUCAAUUAUUCGAAUUUCAUCAAAUUGUAUUUGUUUGUUAAAUAUUGCGAAACUAUUCGAAUAUACCUACGAGUAUACAUACUUAUUCCAAAAUAUAACGAUCGUAUUAUACAUGUAGCAAAUACUUUUACUUCUAAACCGAAACCAAGCGAAUUUUACUCUGUACUCUGCGUGAACAUGUUGCGAAAAAUCAUAGGUGUAACGUUCUCUUAACAAAAAAUAAAUAAAAAAACGUCAGUCAAUAUCGUGUAUGUCCCGAAUCGAUACGUAUACCUAAUCAAACGGAUCGUUUUCACAGACGACGAGAGCGUACUUACGAAAAUUCGAUUAUAGUCAUAUAUUAUUGUGUUUUUAAACAAAACCGCCGGUACUCUAGGAUAAAGUUUCUUUUGUGUAGUGCCAAUAAUAAUUUUCAACUAAACAACAAUCAACGCAUAAUGUUUUAUUGUAAAACUAAUAAAUACGAGAACCGUGCCAACAUUAAAUCGAGGAAACAAAAUCGUUUCAAUAUUGCUAAUUUUUUUCUCAGAUAUCGUAAACACACAAUUAUUACGAGUAAACGACUGGUGUUUUAUUUGACAAAACGCGUAGUCAAAUACUUUUCCUAAUGUUCAAUGUAAGUGUUUAUGUUUAUUGUAUACAAAUACGAUCACCUAACUUUUAGAUUGAUUACAUGCUUUGUCAUUGGCAUUUUUUUUUUUUUUACGAAUAAAAUACAUAGUAAAUGUUUUAAUUUUGUAUUAAACGGUUUAAAACGGCUAUUAGUUUCGACCGAUCGUCACCAAUUAAGUUGUUAAUUUGCAUGGAUAUCUUAUUUCGGAUGGGUACACAGUGUUUGCACACCAGAAACGUUUCGUAAACAAAUAUUUAAUGUUUGACGUAUAGGUUAGGUGUUUGGUAAAAUAUCGCACGGGAAAAAAAUUCGAAAUCGUGUGAACCCACAGGUUUAAAAGAAUAUUAUUUACCGAUAGUGUAUCCGUAUACUUUACGUUUUGUUUGAUAACAUUCUCGUUAAAGCCUUUCAGUUAAAAUUUUAUUAUUUUUUGCGUGUGUUUGUAUUUAUCGGUAAAAUUAAGUUUCCGAAUUCAGGACAUCCGGGUCGUCCGCGACGGUUGAAAUCCACGAAGCCGAAAUCGGUCGAUUCAUCCCGGACGCUAUAAAUAAUAUGUCUGUUGCAUAUUCUAAAAAAAAAAAAAAAAAAAACAAAAUGGGAGUGGUGGCGAUGAAACAAUAAAACACCGGUGUAACUGUACGCGUUUUUUCGUCGCCUCGUCCCGUAUAAUUGUCAGCGGCUUACGUGGGCCGAAUAAUCCCGUUUCGAAUUCUGAGAGUAUACCCAUUUAUAUUCGCUAACGGGCGGGUACUGACGCGGGUACCCGCAUUCGCAAGAACCUAGUACGGAAAAUGUCAACGUCGUUGGUCGAUCUCGCACAGUGUGCUGCAUAUUCCAGAAACAACAACAAAAAAAAAAUCAAAUCAAAAUUUAAAUUCAAAACAAAUCAGAUAUAGCCGCCCGUUCAAUAGUAAACAAACGGGUUGAAUUAUCGUGCUACUCGUUUCGAACUACUUGUAUUGUGUGAACGCGUUUACACGUCUUGGAGAAAAUCAAGUUUCCUUCCUCUAUCCCGGCGAUCGGGACCCUUUUCGUGUAAAUGAGCCGUUUUUCGAUCAAUAGACGCAAUGGUUAAGAUUAAAAAUAUACCAAAACGUACAAAAAACGACUUAUAUCCUUUACUAAGCAAUCUAAUUGGGAAUUGGUAAUUAAACAUAAUAAUACGUCUUAAAUUUAUAAAAACUCUAUUUCAUCAAUACAUUAUUAUUACGCAUUAUUAAAUAAUAAUUAUUAUUGUUCAUACAAAUCGGAUUUUAAUUUAUAUUUUUCCGGUCUCGCUCAAGAUCUAUAAUGUCUAGAUAUUGAUGCAUUUUCCAAAGAGCCACAGAUCGCACAUUAAGGAGCCGCGGGUUCCCGACCACUGCUCUAUCCCAGUACACAAAAAAGUUACUUGUAUUUUAUUAUUAUUUUUUUUGUACUUGAUGCGUGCAAACGUUUGGAAUUAAAACGCGAUUCGUCAUCGUACAAUAUUUCGAACCAUUAACACCAUUUUGCCCAUUAAAAACCAAUUGGCUUAAAAUAAAGUUCGGCGAUCGUGUGGACAAUACCUACGUAUCGAUGAUUUAUUUGCUUCGAGUGUAACCGAGCGAUUAAACUCGAAAACUACACAAACAUGCUUAUCUAUUCGCUCCGUGUGAACCGGGCAAGCUGAGGAUAAACGAGACCUUAUCGCUCGAAAAGCCUGCGGCGACUCGGGUCGGUGGGAAAUCAAACACCGCAGGCGUACGCGAAGUAAAAAAAAAAUCCCGCACAUCUCUCGGCUUUAUAAUAUUAUUGCUCGACUACGACACCCGAUUUGAACGUGUGAUCGCGCGUUGUGUACAGGUAUUAUUUCGCAGAGCGAAAGCCGGCGACGGUUUCGGUAUCACGUACCGAAAAAUGCCCAAAACGUGCGAGUGUUGUACAAACCCUGCGGAAAGCGUUUAAAAUGCCCGUGACCUGUACACAACUGGCCGGAAACAAUUGCGGACGCCGGAGGUGACGGGGCGGCGGUAUUGUUCGUUGAAAACUGCGGAGAGAUCGUGUAAAGGUACGGUGAAAAAAUACACAGACCGGCCGCGUGCCUACAACAACAAUAAUAACAAUAUUUAAAAACAAAAACCCGCUAACAACAAUAACCACGGCCAUUAUCGGGCGUGUAUCGCGACCGAGUGGCACACGCGCUCGGAAUUAUUUCAACAGACUGGCCCGGACGAUGACGUCUCGGACGGAUUUCAAAUAUUAUCGGUCGCGUGCCGAACGAUCGUUUAGCGAAAACGACGAGCGACGACGUCACCGCGCCUAACCCGUAAUAAUGAUAAUUAUUAAUAAUAUCGCCAUCGUCCCGAAUGUCGUCGCCGAUCGAAUGCGCGCGCGCGUGUAUUCUCCGCGUCUCCCGUCGUUAGAUUUUCGGUGUAUUUUUUUUUUUUUUUUUUUUUUGUGGUUUCAUACCGCGUUUCCAUACACUCGGCGCGCUUAGGGGGGGCCGACGAUCGGCGAUAUCCAUAGAUCGCGAUCACCGCGCGUGCCACUAUAUAAACCUAUAAACUGUAUAAUAGGUAUCUGGUAUGUAUAUGAGAGUGUGUAAAAUCGUAUUCGUUUUAUCGCACGACGCCUAAAUUCUCGCGUACCGGAUCACAAAACGCGCAUACGUACAAUAUCGACCGAUUUUGUAGUUUGGCUAUACCUCUGGACCCCGGGAAACAGGGAUUGAGUCGAUUUGUAUGGAUUUCAUUACGAGCAAAUUCAUAAAGUAAUUUCGAAACGUAUGCUAUUUACAACCAAAAUUAAAAGGGAAUAAAUUACAUGGGACAAAUUGACACAAAAAAAAAAAAAUGCCCAAAUCACUUCUCUGGAAUUGAACGCCAUUGACAUUAUUGUAUGAUUAUAACCGGAUUAACCGGAUAGUAAAUCAUUUUUCGUUUCGCCGCCAAUAAUAAACAUAGGUACAUUUUGGAUUUUUGAAAUGGCAUAGCUAACAAUUUAUUUUUUACUUUACAGUAGGUACCUAGUGGUUUCAUAUGUUAAAAUGUAUCCAAAUAAACGCAAAAGCCAAAAAUCGAAAUAUAUAAAUAUAUUAUUUUGUACAAUUAUAUCAUUGCGUUGAAUAAUACAUACAAGCAACACAUUUAUUUAUCUAUAGAAUUUUUUAAAUUUUAAAUUAAAUUUAAAAAAAAAGACAGUCAUACAGGCUAAAAUAAGGCAGUAUAAAACGUCAUGAGACAAAUAAUACAAUUUUUUCUGGUUUUUUUUUAUAUUAUAGAAGUUUCAUAAAUGUUUUUAAGUGUGGUGUACGCUUAUUCUUCUAAUUAUAUUUAAUAAUAUAUAAUUUUGAGUAACCCUAUUUAUACAUUUUUUAAUAUCAGUUUCGGUGGACCUUUUUGUUCUAGAUUUUCAAAAAAUUACAAUAUUCUAUAGCUAUUAAGAUAUUAAUGUUCUACUCGUUUAUCAUAAAGAGAUUUUAUGUUUGUCUCGUUCGCUUGAAAAAAAUUGUUUUAAAACUGGAGAGAAAAUUAUAGGUAAUAAAGCAAAAAAUUAUAAUGCCACACGGUGGCGUUACCGUUUUUGUUGUUUUUAAUUUUUGCAACUUAGAGACUCGUCAUUUUUACAGAAAACUUAAUUUGAGUUUUCUAUAAGUGAUAAAAUGUUCAAACUUUUUGAGUUAUUUAUAGACAUUUUAAUUUUGCAAGUUUUUUACGAAAUUUUUAUUUGGUACAUAUUCUGUGGUUAAAAUUAAUCAAAUAUUGAUAAAAAUCGAAAAUAUUAUGACAUUUAAAAAUAUGUAUAACCGACCUUCGUUCCGAAUCGUUUUUUCGUUAACAAUGGUUUAUCGUUAAUUACAAGUAUAAAUUAAAUAACUUUAUGUUUCUCAACCUUCUUAACGAACCAUCUACAACAGUGCUUGCACGCGUCCCCAGUAUUACCUCUUUUUUUAAAUUUCAUAUUUUUUAUUGAACACUUAUUUUAUAAUUAUUAUUAUUAUUUUUUUUUUUGAAAUGUGAUACAUAAUUGAUCAGCCCCUAAAAAUUCCAGGAUGCAUCACGGAUAUUUUAUGUUUACCCAAAGUCCCAAGGGUUGCGAUGUAUUCGCGACGUUUUUUUUUUUAAACGAAAAGUGUUUUUUUUUUCGAGUCGAUACACAAUGUAAAUAUUUUUAUGAAAAAAAUAUACACUAAACGUUAAUAUCCAAACCCGUUUGCAAUUUCGCUCAUCUAAAACGACAAGGUCUGUGCAGUCGAAAAUAAUGUUACCACGUAACGGACAAAACGUCACUACAGUACAGACAGACGGGCAAGAGGGGGGGGGGGAGACAAUGAAAACGAAUUUUAUUUUCUAUACUUUCGCGGUGUACGAUUUUAGUAUUCGUUACCUGCCUACCUACCUACCGGUCUACAACACAAUAAUCUCAACACAGUCGAUGUGUAUUCAUUGUCAACGCUUAAACUCGAUUAAAAAACAAUGGCCGUUUAAUAAUGAGUGAUGACUUGACGUUAUUUUACAUUUAAAACUGUAAAGUUGACCCGUCGUUUAUACUUCAGGUACCUAUGAAUCAUAUACAAUAUACAUACUUGUAUUAUAUUUUUCAAUAAUAAUUUUUUUUCGACCUAUGUUUGAUCGUUAUUGAUAUCGAUUUUAAAAUAUACUUAUUAUAAUUAUGUGCGGUCUCAAAAUAUAUCGAAGAAAUAUAUACAAGUAUAUUUAUAUAUAGUAUAUAAUAUAUAUACAAGAAAAUUCACUUUCAGUUCAGAAUUUGAAAGAAAUGUUUGAUUUUUCGAUAAAGUAAAAAAUUGAAACUGCAAAUAGAUUCCGAAUCUGAAAGUGUUUUUGGACAGUGUUUGUGUAUAAGAGACAGUGUCAAAAAACAGAAAAAAAAAUAUUAUAAAAUGUUUGAAAUUUUAGACAAAUGUUUAUUUUACUCCUAUUUUAAUUAAAUAAAAUUUCGAAAUCAUCAGACGACUUUUUUUUUUUUUAAUAUGCGUUUUGAAAUCAAAUUUAAACGAAAGUCGCCAAAAAAAUUACGGCACUUCAAAUUACGUAUUUCCGAACUGCGCUCGGAAUUGUCUUUCGUCACGCAAUGGUUUAUCGUUGCUUACAGGUAUGUCUUACCCGUGUAUUUAUAACAAAAGAGCUCUUACUGGUUGAAAUAUCAGGCGAUUGGUUCUAGUAGGCAUAUGAUAUUGUUUCUAUAAGGUGAACAAUUUACUUUCCAGUUGACAAUACGAUUCUCUCUUUGGAAAGGAAUCAAAAUAUUCCUACGAUACACCAUGCUAUCGUUAAGGGUUGAGUAUUUCGCGGGGAGAGUGAUACCUGAAGUAGUAAGAAUAUAAUUAAAAAUAAACGUAGGGAGAGAGAGUUAACGAGGGAGACCGGAAAGAGAUAGGCGAUUGAGAAUGAUAUGAGGAUAGCCUGCGAAUAUAAUGUAUAUGAUUGAAAUUUACAUUUCCCAAAAAGUAUAUAUUAUAACUGGAAAUUGUCGCACCAGUGGCAUAGUUAACUCAUAAACUUCGAGAGGCUUGAAUCCCACUAAAAUAUUAAAUAUAUGUGAUUACGAAGCUCUGCUUCUGCAUUAAAAGGGUAAAAGGCCAACUUUAGAUGGUCCAGGGGUCUAAGUCCUUCCUACAAAUGUAUAAUAUUAUUUUGUUUUCGUAUUAGUUAUUAAUGAUGAUUUGAAUAUUUUUACAGACGUUUGCUGACGAUGGACCGAAUAUUUUUCGCGGCGACAUUGUUGUCGGUCGCUAGUUGCCAACAACUGCAGAUGCAACAGUCUAGCAUCGACUCGAACCCACAGGGACCACAGACCGCUACAGGGGGAACAACGGGUUUCAUGCCCAUAAUGACCGAAGACCGCCGAUCGUCGGCGACUGCUCCAGAAACUUCGUCAGUCCAAAGCCGAGACUAUUCCGGCGGUUCGGAGUUUUACGGUUACAACUAUCCGGCCAGCUACGGGCCACCUAGCUCUAGCUACGGAUCGUCCGGUAAGUCAUAAAUGUGUUUGUACCCUCAGCACCCUUCAUCUUAAAAAAAAAAAAUAAAAUUUGAUUACAAAGUAUUCACAAAGAUGAUAUUAUAAAAAACAACGGCUACAAAGUUACUGUCACUCGAAACUAUGAGAAAAAUAUUCAAUAUUUGACUUCCUGUUUUUAAAGUAUGCAAAGUCACAUGCAAAUUUAGACACAAUAAAAUAACGAAAACAAAAAAAAGAGAACUUAUAUGCAUGUGGAUAGGCAGGGAGUUAGAAAAAUAGAACUAUACUACAGGCUCAUAAAGUUUUUAUGUUGAAAUAAGAAAAACGAUUUUGAGAUUAAAUAGUACCAUUAGAAGUUAUAAAGUGAUCCAACAAAUGCUAGUCAAAAAGACAACUUCACAGUGGUACUAAUGAAAUUCUAGUUAAGACAAUAACUUUUGUUAUGUAUAUAUAUAUAAACUUGAAUAAACUGUAAAAAUCAAAUCAAGUGAAGGUGCAUCUUUUUCACCGAGGUCUAAUGAAGAUAAAUUAAUUUUAAAAUCAUUUUUACUAUGAAUACAAUAUUUUUUUUGUUCCAUGAAAAGUUUUGGAACUGACAGAGCCUCUCAAUUUCAAUUUAAAAAUUGAGUUUCGCGAUAUUUUCUACCCACUUUUGUAUGUUAAUGACAGUAAUAUUUGUACCGGGAAAUCGAAUAUCCCUCGGUACUUUGUUAUAAUUUUGAUCUCCGAUUCCCGCGAUUUACGUGAUGCGGAUUUUACGUUUUCUCUUCUGUUCUAUCUAAACCGGUCGUUGUUUUUCUUCGAUUAGAAUUUAGGGUUACGGGUCGGACGCGAUAAUUUUCUGGGAAGAGUAUCGUUGGUUUGGACCGACGUGUAAGCCCACGUAUAAUUUCGGUUUUUGCGUUUUCUUUUCGAGAAAUAUUGUUGCGCCCGUACGUAUUAUAUUCCCAAAAGACGCCCCGCAGACGUUGGUAUUGAUUUGCGGCCAAACGCGCGUUAUAAAUUUCGGGUAGCGGCACAGUAUAAUAAUACUAUGCGCGUAAAUAAUCGUUGUCGUUUAAAGGCGAUCAAACAGUUUGAGAGAAAACCUUAUUAACUAUACAACGUCAUUUGCACUCGUUUUACGGGGGAAAAGUAGAAAAGAAAAUAUGUAAUAUUAACGGCGAUUUUUUACGGCCGCCGCGUGACAAUCGUCACCCGGUAACUUAACAUUAUAAAUAACAAUUAUUAUACUUACUGUUAUCGUACGUGACACGUCUUGUACCUACUUGUAUUUCCGGGACGGCGAAAUGUGUAGGUACGGUGGAACGUGUGGUCGUGUAAUUAGAGCGACAUUGUACGAAAAUAAUAGGAUGUGUUAUGGAUAAUAAUGGUAGAAUUCUAAAUUAGUGAACCUACAAAACGAGACGAAUAAUUGUCUAUACGGGACGACGUUUCGCCGGUACGAUUGUUAUUUAUGUAAAUUUUAUUUUUUUUUCUAGCUUUCACCGUGAUUCGAUACAAACAAUACAAACAAGUAGGAGUAGCCGUCGUCAUUUUCCGGUCCGAUUUUCUGCCUUUUUGUUUUUGUUAGACUAUGUGCCCAGCGCUUUUUCGCUUAGUAAAAAUGCUCCGAAAUUCCCCACCUGUAUGCAUACAGCGGCUUAUCUGCCGCGCAAAAUAUGUUCUACCCUUCCUUAAAUAAUAAUAUAAUACUAUCGUACAAAUUAUUCUUGUUAAAUCAUAACUAUACGUUAUACGUAUGCUAUUGAAGAACUGCUAAGAAUUCGUAUUGUACACAAAGUAGAAAACUAAUAACCGCGUAAACGACUUUUGUUGGUUUUUAAAGUUAUUCGUCUAAUUUCGUUUUUUUUUUUUUUUUACAGAUAUUUACACCGGGGAAUCGCACGCGCAACCAGCCGAUUAUGCCAGUCCUGGUUACAGUGUCCCGUACUAUACUGGAUACGGAGAAGAUUCGAAAAAGAAGAAACCGCCAAGUUACGCCACGCCGUAUUAUCCCCGUAAGUAUAUAAACGACUGAUAUUUUUCAUAUCAUACCUUAAUAAAUCCAUGGAUUUUUUGAUCUAAGAUGGUACCAGGUACCUAUUUUACUUAAAAAUUUCUCCGGUAUUCUUAUCACUUCACCACCAUUCCCGUUUGUUUUUUUUUUUUUUUGAAAACACUUUUUCGGUUAAUAAACAUAUAAUCUAAAUCGUUCACAUCGUACGGUGAUAAACGUGAGUUUCACGACCAGUGGUACCAAUAAUUUAUUUAUUUGCAAAAUGUUUUUAGAUUCCCGGCAGUUUUUCUAAAAAAUUAAAAAGAAAAACCUUAGAACAUACUACGGUACAUAGGUUUUAUUUUUGUUGAUUUCUGGAUUUAACCAUGGGGUUCAAAGGAAGAAUUCACGACUAAUAUUAUUGCUUUAUCAUUUUAUCGAGCUCCUUUCACGAGCAUUUUUGUUCGUUACUUUUGGUACAUAAAUUAAAUUACCCUACAUCCUAAACUUUCUGCACCACUUCAACAGUGGAUUAUUCUUGGUGCGAACUAUGUCCGGAGUUUUAUAUAUAUUUUUUUACGAAUUGUUAACAAUAGUUGGAUAUAUUCUCCCGAAAAUAAAAAUUAUUUCGUAAAAAAAAGGACUAUAUAAUGUAUUAUGGCUAGAAAACUCGGAUGGUUUUAAUUUAUAAUUGAGACUAAUUUUAUAAAAAAUUUAAACGUUCACCAUGGAAAAAAGCCAAAGUCAUAUUUUCCUAAAGUAUCGCCAAACUACACCAUACAGUUAUGAUGUUCUAUGUGUAUUGAGAGUAUAACAUAUUAUUAUAAUGUUUAUGCCGGUCAGAUCGAAACAUUAAACUCCCAAAUUAGAGACAUUUUUUUAUAUAUAUAUAACGACUCCCAAUAUAUUAUAUAUAAUAGCUCCUUGAAGUUUUUUUUCUACGGAUCGCCUGCUUUAUACAUACAUAUAACGGUAAUAAAUCAUCGACCUUUAGGGAUGUCGAAAAAAUAUAUACAAACUUUUUUUUUUUAAAAGCAUUUGACACGUUCUCCCCGUGGUAAAAGAUCCGGCCGUGUACCAUCGAAAUAUUAUAGAAAUGGAAUAUUGAGUAUAGCUUCGAAAAUUAUUUUCUCGGUAUUAUGUCUAAUAUUAAUCAAAAACUAAAACCCAUUGGAAAUAAUGAUAAUUGAUUUAACAAAAUGAAAAUUAUCCAGAACGAUUUCUAUAGUAAAUUACUGUACAAAUAACGAUCAAUAUAUUUUUGAAUAAUUUUUUUAACAAUCAAAAAAAGUUUAAAAAAAUAAAGAAAAACACAUUUUCCUAGUUUCACGAAUUCGUAAAUACUGCUAUUCAGUGUUGUAAAGCGGAUAGUAUAUUUAUACGUAUUAUCUGUACUAUUCGUACUAUUCUCCGUCAACGAAUUGACCUAUUUUAUAAAGUAUUGAAAACUAAUCAAAACCUCGCUAACGAGCAUAUAUUAACGAAAUUCAAUAUACCUAAUUGAAUAUAUGGCUUUAGUUAUUAUCACGUUUUUAGCGUUACUCCCAUUUUAUGUGCUGUCAAUGCACCAACAUUACAGUUUAUUAGUUUAUGCACGAAAUUAAUAUACCUACCUGCCCAUGAAAUAAUUAACGAGAAUAUUAAAUUAUGCGGUGAUGUUUAUUGUUUAUCGAAUUUCUAUUGAUUAAUAAUAUUAUUAGCAACGUAUCCUCAGAUAGUCAGAUAAUUAAAACAAAAUCAAAAAAAUUAAUAACAGAUAAAUAAUAAUGAUGUUAGUAUAUUUUUUUAUAUAUAUAAAUUCAACACAUUAAACAAACAUGAAAUUAAAAAUAAAAUUUAAAAAAAAAACAAUUUCUCUGAUUAAAAAUGCGCUUGAGAUGUUUCCAGUAGGAUUUUGGAUAUGGUUGAUGCGGUUAAGAAGAUUUUUCAAAUUUCUUGUUGUAUUCUUAUUAACGGGAAUAAAAAAACAGCUGUAGGAAAAACGGUAAUGUAUGUACAUGUAUACUUACAUAUGCGAUGCCAAAAUAAUCGUAACUAAGAGCUAAAAUUUCUACUGAAUAUUCUCACAUUGACAUUUCAAAAAUGCUUUGGCUCUUUUAUAACAUAAUAUAACGAAUUUUUGUUUAAUUUUUCCAUUUUUAUAAAAAACGAUAAUUUUUAAAUCAUUUUUUUUGUUUAAGCUGCGUGUAAAUUCUUUGAAAUUCGAAUCAAAAUUAUGCACAGUUUAUUUUUAAAUACGAUAGAAAAACGGUCUAGUGUAGUAAAGUGGUAGUUAUAGCAUACGGACUAGGUGGACACCUAAAAUGUUUGUUAAGUUUUUAAAAUAGUACAAUCUUAUGUAAAAUUUAAAUUAAGUAUUAUUAAUCCAAACAUUUUUUCUAUUUCCUUAGCUUUUUUUUCAGUAUUUUAUCAUCUCGAUAGUAGAUUCCAUUAGUGUUCACCAUAUGUAUUCUAAAAUAGGAAAUUAGGUACUCAUAUUUUAUAGUUGAGAUUUCCUUGGUCCUUGGUUUCCAUAUGAGUAUUUAAAAAUAUAUAUAUAUUAACUGUGGGCUGCUAGCUCUAAAAAUACAUUCAAUAAUAUUUUGAAAAAGUAUACAAACACACUUCGCUUGAUGGAUGGGCGACAGUUGUAGGUGAGAAAUUAGAAAGACAGCCGAAAAAUGUAUUGUAUAAUCUGUACGCAACGAUUAAUCAUCGUUAACGAAAAACGAUUCUGAACGGAAUUCGAUUAUACAUGUUUUGUAAGGCCGUAAUAUUUAUGAUUUUAAAAUAAUACAUUUGACAUAUUUUCAAGGUUCUUCCCAUUUAUUAUGUUAACUCCGGGGAAAAUCAAAAAAUAAACUCUCUAAAGAACCACCUCAGGCAGAUUUCCUUUCAUAAAACGUGCUACACUUGAAAAAAAAAUAAACAAAAUUUCUAAACCUAAUACAUAUUCCUCGGUUCGCUUAGAAUUUAAAACAUUCGAAUAAUUGCUAAAAUAUGAUCUAAACAAAUUUGCUUAUUGAAAUUAUAUAAUAAAAACUUGACAUAUAACUAAAUUAACUAUUUUUAUUGAUGUUAUUUUCGUAUACGCUUUAUGUUUUGAAAAUAUCGAUAGCUUAAACACAAGAGCAACAAAAUAUGAUACGAUUUAAAUGGAUUUAUCACAAACGGGGAUUACUUCCUAGAUACUGAAACGGAUACCAUAAUAGCUAUAUGCGUCCUGUAGACCAAGUGCCGAUUUUUUCAGUUUUUAAUACAUCACCUAAUAAUAAUGAAUUGUAAUAAAUUGAAUAACUUCGAACGUGUUUUUGAAAGUUGACAUAGAGCUACUCACUUGGACGGGGUUAAUACUGUGGAAUGAAUUGUUUUAAAUUGAAAACCUUGCAAACUUUGUUAAUAUUCAUGUUUUUAUUAAUUAAAUUUUAAUUGUUUAUUUAAUUGGACUCUGUCGAUAUUUAUAAUUUAUUUAUUAAAUUCUCGUGGACCUAUAUUUACACCUUGUGCACUCCUAACCCUUUUGUAUAUAGAAAUAGACUCCCUGCCAGUCAGAAUCGAUCCCAGUGGUUGUUAUAGAUUAUUUUGAGAACACUUAGUCUAGAGCAUAUUAUAUGAAUCAGACCGGGAUAUUUUAUGUCGAAAAUAAAUUAAAGUUCCCGUUUAUAUAAAAUACACGAAUUGACGUUAUUUUACACUUGUCUGUUUUUGAUACGAAAAUGAUACGAAAAACCACUUUAGGGUUUAAGGCAGUUGAAUUCGAUUUUUUUCAUACAUAUAUUUUAUAGAAAGUUAUAUAUAUUAUUCAUUAUUUUAUUCUUUUAAUUCUAAUCAAAAAAUAAAAGACAAAUAUGUUGUUUUAACUAAAUUAUUUAAAUAAAAAAAUAAACAGAAAAUAGACAGGAAAUCAAUGAAAAUUUAAAUAUGUUUUUGAAACUAAAAUUGAGUAAGCAAUAGUGGGUAAAUUUUAUUCCAAUUUAUUGAUCUUAAACGGUAUAUUCGUCUGUAUAAAAUCUUACGUACACCUUCCCUUUAAAUGGACAUAUCGAGCAGUAGGUUAGUGAAAAAAUCUUAUCAUUAAAAAGCGAAAAAAUAAUAUUUUAAUUUUAAAAAAUUUGGAAAACCUCUUUUAAUUCCCUUGAAUAGUAUACAAUUAAAAAUAAUACAUUUAUCAUUUACACGCAUAAGUAUAAGACGGAUGAAUUUUUAAACGCGAUGCAUAGUAAACAGGUAAAUAAUUUAAUGUUAAACAAUUGUCAGAGUCACGUUUUUGUGAUCGGGUUCAUAGUUUCGAUUCGUCUUACAGAUUCAUCGGUGGCGCCAAAAAAAAGACGAGUGAAAAACGACGCCUAUUAUUUUUUUCCAUACGGACCGGGAGAAAACUGCACACUGACCUGUAUUGUGUAUCCGACUGAUCGAUAUCCGACAAUUACGAUGAUUUACUGCUUAUAUACAGCUCGGUAUAUGUGGCCUUUAUUAGGGGAGGGGGAAGGGAUGGGUUGUUAGGCGAAAAGGAAACCGGAGAUUUCCGCGGACCGUGACCCGGGCGCCGUCCAAUAUUAAUUAACUUCCGCUGUAAUGUUGCAGCUGGUAGGUCCAAUUAUCGCUAUUGCGUAUACCUAGCAUAUGUACCGGAAACAAUAUAGGUAAUAAUAUAUUGUAUUCGGUAAUACAUGUUAUAUCCUUAGGUGAUUAAAAUGAAAAUAAAAAAAAGAGCUAAUACUGAAGACUAUGCCACUGUUAUAGGUUAGAAUAUCGUUAAAAAACGAUUUUGAGUGAAGUUCGGUUAAAAAAGUUUUUAAGUGUCAUGAUUUUUGUCAACACUCAACACUUUUUUGCCAUUAAAUAUUACUUAUGAUAGACUUCGUGUUAAAUAUUCGAGCAUUAUUGUUUGGUCAACACAAUUUUUUCCGCGUUGAACCAAAUAAAUAGCUCAAAUAUCGCUAGAGUAUUCCGAAAUUUUUAUCAAUAAAAUACUCUGAGAAAAUGACAGGUUUCUACAAUUGUUUCAAACUGAAUCACAAAAAAAAAAAAAAAAAAAAAAAAAAAAUUUAAAACAGGAAACCUUUAUUGCGUACAUUUCUUCGGUUUUCCAAAGUCUUUUUAGGUCUUUUUCUCUGUUUUUCUCAAUUAUUGAGAAAACUACUAGGACAAUUACAUUUCUAGUGCACCAGAUAUACAAAAUUGGUUUUUAAAAAAGAAGCUACACAUUGAUGAUCGGAAUUAGGUUUCUGGUAGAAAAGUUGUUCACAGACAAAAAAAACAUACACAUUAUAGUAAAACUAAUAUAUUCCUCGCAGAUGCAUAAAAUCUCAAAAAAAUUUUGGUGAAUUUCGUUGAUCCGGUUAAAAUCGCAAAACUUUCGAGUUUGUUACUGUGUUAUACCAACAGUGAAACCAAGAAUAGCGAAAAUUAAAAUUAAUAUAUUUUUUAGUGUUAAACAUUAUUAUUUAACUGACAAUUUAAUUUAACGAAAAACCAAUGUUUUGAAAGUAAUGAUCAAAAACGUUUAGGCCUCGUGAGAAUUAAAAUAAGUCGGACACACUCCACGCCAUGAGUAGGCAAACAAAAACCGAACUGAGUUGAGCUCCGUUUUUUACUAGUUAUAUUAGAGUAGUUAGACAAUAUUUUUACCCGUUCAAAAUUCGAAUGUGAGUGUGAAUAGGAAAAUGUUAAAUUUUCGCACUUAAAUUUGGAACGAUCUUAGUUUCAUAUUUUAUGACUUUGAAUUCGAUCUGCCGUAGGUUAAGUUAUAUAACUCUGGUGAUGCCAACAGUUUGUUGUUGGACAAUAUGGCUUCAAAGGUGUAAUCAUGACUUAACAAUGAGAUUUUUGAGAUUUUGAGAAAGUUCCACAGGUUUAUUAUUGCGUCGUUUCCGCUCGUUACGCGAUAUUUUGCUCCGUUAAAGUUUCAAACUCGUUUAUAAAUUCAUAAUACUUCGGGUUUAUAUCAUAGGUACCCGUCUAUGGGGAAAUUGAAAUAUUUAAUUUCUCAUGGAAUUCAGGGUGAAUUUAAAAUGUUUCGUCUGCCCGUUCACGUGACGAAACUAUGCGAAACGGCUCUGGAAUCGCUUUAAAUAAUCAAUCACCGAGUUCAAAGGUUAGAGGGACGUAUAUUAAUAUGCAAUUUGCAAAAGAAUUCAACGGAUCGAUAUGAAAUGUACUAAGUACCUACCUAUGGUUAGUAAAAUUAACUUUUAGUGUAUUAUUUUUAUGAUGAGGAGUGGCAAAAUAUAGAAGUAACUUUUUUAUGUUUUCUCACUUAAAUAUUGUUUUUGUCAUUGGCGAUUUUCUAGGUGUUACAAUUGGGACUUUCUAAAUGAUGUGUCUUGGCUGUAUUCAUUUACAAAAAUAUAGUUUCCGAAUACAUAUUUUAUGAGUCUCACGAAAUACUUAAAACAUUUUUUUUAAUUCAUUGAAAAAGUAGUGUUUACCGGUUGAUUAAAUUUGUCCGCCUUUAAUCAUAUCAUCUGUUUAUUAUUUCAUAAUAGCAAUAUAUUUUCAAUAUCUAACUAAAACAUACUUGGCUAUCUAAAAAACAAAUUAUACUAGACUUUUCGACGAGAUAAACAUUUAAACUAACAUUUCGUUGAUUUUAAUAAUUAUAAUAACAUAAAAUAUAAUUUUUACCUAUGAAUUAAACGAAUGAUUUUUUUUCACGCAGCCACAACGGUAUCUUGCCCGGCUCCGUUCACGAACAACAUAUUGUCCGACCUGCUUAAGACCGGUACCACGGCAAAGUUUGGUCUGGUCAAGUCUGUGGUGGCGGCCAUAGCAACACUGUUCCUGGCCAAAAUACCCAUACUGUUGGCCGUCAAAGCACUGGUGUUGAAACUCUUCGUCGUACCCCUGGCCGUGGUCGUCCUGUCACUGCCGGUACUCAUACCAGCUGCCCUACUGUUGCAGCCUCUUUGGAAAAAGUGGAAAGAGUUUGUGGGCUUUGACUCGUCGAACAAACAACCGUCGGUGAUGAUGAUGAUGGCCCCUGCGUCAGAAGCUGCGAAACCCGCUAAUGCGACAUCGGCAACACCGGCUACCACGAGAGCGCUGGAAGACAACCUGGAGAGCGUACUCACUAACUUGCUCGAGUCGGAGAAGUGCAUGGAACGGCUGGCCUGUCAACUAGGCGUGAGGGACGCCAGGUCUGAAUACAAACAACAGGUGUCGUGGUGAGUUUGAUUAUGACCUUAUUUUUUUAGUAUUCCGGUGUUUGUAUAAUAGGUGCUCCCGGUUCACGUUCCAUGGAAUCAAAUUUGUCUCGUAAAACUCAAAUAUCGUAUAAUACACGCCAAAACGAUUAGAUGUUUUGGAAUCUAUAUUGGUUAAAUUUUAAUCAUUGUUAUUAAAUUAAUUAACUAACAUUAAAUUGCUGGUUAUAAUUAAAAUAGUUGAAAAUCACAUUUAGUAUCUAUAAAAAAAAUACUAUAACCAGAAAAUUAUAAGAGGAUAUCUUAAUAUAAAUUAUAUAUUAAAUUUAUUCAGUACCUACGUAUACUGCAUAGAUGUUUCGUAGGCAAAUAGUUGUCUAAUAAUUUUAGAUGGGUAAGGCCAUAAGUGUAAAUUAAAAUUUCCGACUCUAGUUUUAAUUUUUUUUUUUUUUUUAUAUUUUCAGUCUAUAUAUUUUAGAUAAAAAUCUUUGCAAGUUUAUGAAAUAAAGUUUAAUCUUUGUAAUGUCAUUCCUUUUUUCAUGUAUAAUUCGUUUGAAAAAUAGCUGUAAGGGCUUUUUAACACCUGAGAUUAUGGCCAGACAAUUUUAUUUUAUAGUUUAAAAUAUUGUCCUUUUUUCAUUGAAUUGUUGUAAUAGGUGUACUUUUUUAUUUGAUUCACUAUCUAUCAAAUUUAUAUUUUACAAAUAUCUAUAACACCACAUCGAAAAUCUCUUAUUUAUUCCUGUUCGACAUUAUUGUACGUUCCUAUCAUCGCUGAAGAUAUAAUUUUGUAGACCACACAUAUUUUCAGUAUCAUUUUCCAGAGUGUUAUGUUUAUUUUCUUUUUCAUGAUAAUAUCUAGUUGUUUUUUUUCUUAUCAUAAAAAAAUUCUAAAUUUGUCAUUCUAUUAUUCCUAUUUCUCGUAUUUUCGUUCUGCGUCUCUUGGUUCUCAUAUCUUCUGUAAUUGUUUCUCCUAAAUAAUACAAAUUUUGUAUAAAUUAAUACCUAAUCUGCUACAGCCAUAUCCUCUGAAAUUUCUGCUCAUGUUUGUAAUCUUUUGCUAGUAUAUACAACAUUUUUAUUAGGCAAUUAAUUUGUAUCCCAUUGAAUACCCACCUACGCAAUAAUACGACUAUCCGUGUACACCGUACGAUUAAAAUAUUAAUUAUCACGUGUAGUGCAUGUAACUAAUCCGAAUAUGGUUUGUAAUUAUUAAACGGCCAGUGGGCCGAAGACUGAAACCAAUGAACCACGUGGUUUAUGUUUUAAGACCGUAAUUAUAUAUUAUAUUAUAUAUACAAAGCGUUUCGUAUUAUAUCGAACCGCAUUGUCGUAAACAUAAUGUGUUUUUGACCUUAAUUUCGUCUUGUUCCUAAGUAUUAUUAUUACACUACCCACAGCCACGGUUAAAUCUACGUCAAAACGAUAACGCACUACUACUCCGUUUGAAUACGGAAUAGGCAACACAAUUUACGGUUUUGUUGGCACGAGGAUAUAAUCUAAAACAUAAUAUUAUUUUCAGCACGCUCGAAAUAUAAUUUCGACAUGCGAGAAGUUUCAAUAAUAUAGUAAUGUCUGUGGUUAUUAUAACUUUUACAACUUACUACCGAAAGAGUGGAUUUUUAAUACAUUUCUUUCUUCGCCUAUCAGUUCGAUUUAUUAUUAAAAUGUAAUAUGACGUGUUUCGCUUUUGGAUUCCAUGCAAGUUUGGAAGUUUAUAUUAUUAGUUAUAAAUGAGUAAUUUAAAUAUUCAUAUUAUAUUUUAUUGAUUUAUAUGCGGUACGCUGAUGGAAAAAUAUAUUUACAAAAUUUUCCAACGCGAAAAAGAAUCGCAAUACACUUUUAAGUAUUAAAUCAACAUAACAUAAAAUUAGAUAUUGUAAGUACAAAUUAAAUUAAUAAGGAAAAUCCACGAGUUUAAUAUUCUGGAUAAAGAUUUUAUUAUAGUGAUUAGUUUUUAGAUGAAAAUCCGUUGACUAUAUACUUAUUUAUCGAGUUCAUUGAAAUACUACAUAAUAUACUUCUUUUGUUUUGUUGAUUUUUGACAAUAUUUUUACUUAUCCGAAACAAUCUUGUAAACGAAUAAUACAAGUAGGUAAGUUUGUAAAAAUGUAUUUAUUCUAACUGAGAGCAUAGUCAAAUGGGGAGGAGAGUGAAGAGAUACAGCCCAUCAUUGGUAUUUUUUAUUUUUGAUCUUUUUCCCAUAAAUAAUGUAUAGUAAUAAAUAUGGUAUUAUAUAAAGUAAAUAUUAUCUUUAAAUUUAAAAAAAAAAAGUGUUGUACAAUAAUAAUUGUCUCUCGAUAAUUUGAAAAACUCCAUAAAUCGAAAAUAAUAUAGUGUUAGACGAUGGGAGACCUAAUAUACAAUUAGAAUAUUUUUAACUAAAACUUCUAUAAUUUAUUCGCAUUUAUAGUUAUUACUCGUAUUCAGUAAGAACUAAGAACAUGUAAUUUUAGAAUCAAAAAAUAACGACAGUUAUGUAAAUAUGUAAUACUUAUUAAGCAUGAAAGAUACACGGAACCGAUUUGAGAAAGUUUCUGUAUCAUUUGAAGAAUAUGUUCAUUUCAGUGAAAAUUUUGCCCUGUCGGUAAUUUCACUGAACAGGAGAUAAUACAGUCUACUGCGAUGAAUCGGCAUAAUUCUUAUGAUGAUGAUAAUUGACAAGGGUUCCUUUUGUAUCGUCAAAGGAUGGUAAAUUUUUAAACUCCUUUAAUUCGAAUUAUUUAUUUUUGUCUCUCCUCGAAAAUUCGAAGUUUCGCUAAAUCAAAUUUUCAGUUCUGCCUCCUAAAUUUUUCUCCAUAAUAUAAUAAUAAUUGUUAAACAAUCAGCAUCAUCCCCUUCCCUUCCCACGAUAAAAUUAUUUGACCACCGCUGUUAAUGUUGACUCCAGCAAUUUCAAAAAUAUUCCUUUUUAGAGUAUAUAGUUUAAAGAAAAAAAAAUGCCCCAUAUAUUUGAGCACAACAAUCAGAUGAAUCCGAUUAAACAUCAACAAGUCAUCUUAUAGGUAUAGUUCUCAAUCAGUGGUAUAAGUGUUACAUUAUUGUAUUAUAUAUAUAAUUAUUUAUUUAUUGCAGCGAUCAGAUAAAUCCAACCCAAUACAAAAUAUAAAAAUAUUUUUAUUAGAUACCUAUAUAUUUUUAGAAAAUGUUUAUGUGACAAAUCAAAUACCUAAAUCCGAAAAAUUAAAAUUAUUUCUUUAUUGUUCCUGAACAAAUUUCAUAAAGUUGAAUUAUCUGGUUUUUAGGUUGAUAGAUGAAUAUAGUUGACUGACAAAUACAUAACGUAUUAUUUAGUUAGAAAACGUGUAAGUAGGCCAAUUUUUUUUUUUUAUCGUCAGUCCACUUUUUUAUGGUAGGUAAUACUUAAUACUUGCAGUGGUGUAUCGACGGAGGGGGUUAUAGGUUUAAUUUAACCCUCCUCUCAACACAAAAAGAAACAUCUAAAAUGAUGUAUAUUUUUUAUAUAAUAUAUGCAUUAAUAUAUUGUUGGAAUAGUUACCGUCACCCACCUCCCAUAAUCGAACUUAGUGUAUGCCACUGAAUACAUCAGUCGAUGAUGUUUUAUUAAAAGGGAGUUGGUAAUACUAAAAAAAUUGAGAAAUGCGUUUUUAGUAUCAAAAAACCAGAGAAAUUAGGAUGAUAAACUGGUAAAAGGGUGUAUUUAAAUACAGAAAAUUAAGUUAGAAAUAUUGACUAAAAUAUAUGCUGGCGCCCUUUUAAAAUAUAACUAAAUCCAAACUGAUUUGUUAAAAGGGCGUAUACCAGAUUCACGGCAUGUAUAAUUUGUGUACAAGGUUUAUUACAGGGAGUAAUUUUAUUGUUUUCCACUAUUAACAUCAUUAAAAACUGUUUGCUUUUCUUGAAAAAAAAAAAAUGAAAUUUGAUGGAGGCUCUUUUAACAAAUCACCGUUGAUGUAUCUUAUGUGUGGUAGACACAUGUGUGAUUAUUUCUGGUACUCGAUACCUAAACUAAAUCAUUAAUACUUACAAAAGUUGUAUUCAAUGAGCUGACACGAUUGUUCGUAGUUAUUAACUAGUAGAAACAGAUACAGGUAAUAAUUAAAAAAAAUACUUACAAACUGUACCUAUGUAUUUUUGCAUUGUCAGUUAACAAAGAAAACCUAAUAAGGCUAUAGUUAGUAUACUUGGAAUUUGACUGAUUAAAGUUGUAUUAUUAUUUGUACAUACAAAUACCUACUAUUGGUUCCUUUAGGCUUUAGAUCCACUAUAAAAAUGUUACAAUUUACAACUACUCAACUGUAUACAUGUAGUAUGACUAUAUUUUUACUCGUUACACAUUAUAUUUUGUAUUAAGCGAUUUAAAACGAGUAAUAAAUUUAUUGGGAUAUUUUAAUGACGCCAAACAAAACUGUAAGUUGUGCUCCGAAGAAAUAAAUAAAUAAUAUAUUUCUAAGAUUCUUAGAUUCUGAACAGUGACAUGACAUUUUUUUUCUGUUUGUUAUUACGACUUUGUCAGAAAAACACACUGAAACUAAGGUCGGUUUUAUGGUAAAUUUAUUUUUUCAUCUAAUCUAUUCGUUUGGGAGGAAGUUUUUGAAAUUUUUAGUAUUUUUUCAUCAAUUUUAAUUUAAUAAUCAAUAACUGUUUUAAAAAAGAAAAAACCCUACCGAAAUAUUCGUAUUUGUUACGACAAGAUAAAUUAAACGUGAGCCAGCAAUGAUGAACAAUGAUUAACCGUCGUAUGAAAAUUGUAAUUAAUUUUUUCUCGUUUCAAAAAGUCGCUCGAAUUGUAUAAUUUAUUUAAGCAAAUAUGUAUUUUUUAAUGUACAAACUUUCGGUCUAAUUAAAAAAAAAAAAACUUUUAUUUUUUUAUAUUAUAUUUUUCUAACAGAGACGAGCAAAAAUGUGUUCGAAGAAACUAUCUCGGACUGAAAUAUCGUUCCAAAUCUAAUGCUACUCAUUUUUUUCCAUCGAUAUUAGUUAGUGAUUUAUUACCGCGUAUUAAUAACACAAUACAAUAAUUACUCCGACGACGUUUUACUUUUCUGUAUUUUACUAUUAUAAAUCGGAAACGAUAAAAAAUUGAAAACAAAAAUGUACUUCAUAUCGACAUCACGGUACAAAUCGUAUGGUUUUUUUUUUGUAUUUUCUUAACGACGUCAACCAUUCGUCAUUCAAUUCGUUUUAUAAACUUAUACGGUUUAUAUUAAUAUUGUUUUACUUCCCGACCAUUUCUAAUUCGAAAUUAACGCCACGGCUGUAGUGUGCCGCUGCAGAAUUAAUAAUAAUAAUAUUAUACUGUUCGGAUUAUUAAAUCCUAGGGCCGAUACCAGAUUUAUUGAGUCUUUUGAUAGCGGACAAUGAACCGGUGGAAGAACCUCCCGAAGUGUAUCGCAGAAAUCUUUGUCAUGUUGAUAAUAAUAAUAAUAUAAUAUCAUUACGUUUUCGCUUUUAUCGUUCUCCCGUCGCGUAUUGCAGAGACUGUUCAAAUCCGAUAAACGUUUUUGUUUUUUUUUUUCUUUAGAUUCUGAGCGUGGCGAGGAAUCUUUUGGUUUUACCGUGGUGUUUUUUUUUUUUUUGUGUCUGCGAAAUAUUCUCUACCACAUAUUUUACUUUGAUUCUUAAUUGUAACAUCUUUUCGGUUGGAAAUCGUUUUUUAGAUUUUCCAUGUAGUUAAAAAUAUUUGUAGGUACCUGAAAUUUUCUCAGGGUAUUUUUAAGUACCACUUACAUCACCAGUAAUGAAAAACAAUUUAAACGCCAUGUAGAAGUUUUUUUUUUUAUAUGGUUAUGUAUCAGAAAACAUAAUAUUGUUUAACAGAACUUCGCUCAAAAUCGUAUUUCAAUGACAACUAUUGCGUUCAAAUAUAAAUAAAAUAACUCUAUGUAUUUUAUCUUCCCAACUUUCCACUUACAAUAUUGGGGCACACCUGUCAGCCGUAUUAACUCGUUUUUUUUUCAACGUCGUUUUUUAAGAUUUAGUUACGCUUUCGAUAACAAAUUUGUGUGUAUGCAAUUUCUAUAAUAAAUUCGAGAAUAUUUAAGCGAAUUUAAGCGGAUUUAAGAGGAUUUUUUUCUCUCGUUAAAUAUUGAUAAAUUAAAAAAAAUAUGAAACAGUGGUAAUUAUAAUAAAAACAAAAAACGCGAACGGUACCAGCCAUAUAGUAGUAGAUAGUCACUUUGGCCUUAUAAAAAAAAAAUAAAAAACGACCCAUAUUAUAUACAAUACGAAUUUUAAGCCGUAAGUAUACGUCGUUUUCUCCAAAAACAUUCGCAAAAAUGAUAGAUGACGACGUGAUGGUUUCGUACGGCGCGCUAUACAAGUGGAGCGUCAGACAUCAAAAAGGCGCGGAAUAACUUUAAACCCACGCGCGUGAAUUAUUCAUCGGUCGUUUUGAUGACUUAAGUAUACGCUAUGAUGUAUAGUGGAUCAAAGUUAAGUCUGUGAUUUCAAUGACAAUGUUUUCCCCUCUUUCGUGUUAUUUUUUUUUUUUUUACGACGGUUUGAUAUUCGUAUUCCGAACGAUAUUUUUUGAGAUUUUUAGUGACGGCACGUCGCAACCCGCAAAUUCGUAAAAACAUACGAAAAAAAUUCUCGAGGAAAUAUAUGAGUAUAUAUUUAUUAUUCUUUUAAAGUUGUCGACCAUAUUAUAUUUUAGAUUCUGUGCGGGGCGUCAAAUCAAUCGAAUUUACUUAAGUAAUUAUAUGUUUUUUUUUCCGUCUGUUUUUAACGAUUUCGAGUCUUUUUUCGGCCAUAAAAUACCAGAAAGAUAUCAAAAGUGGAUAGUGUUUUUUUUACUUAUUUUUGGUGGAAGGGGGGGUACUUUUUGAGAGCUUUUGAUCGUAACGUGGAAUAUAUUGGAAUAUAUAUAUAGUACACAUAUAUACACAUAGUAUAUAUAUAUAUAUACUAUGUGUUUUUUUCUGUAUAUUUUUUUCUUUGUUGUCUGCUAACGAUUUUUCCACAAGAAAUCUUUGCUCCGGUAAAAAAGGAUAGAAAGUAUUUUUGUAGACAAGUUCGUCUUGUUGGUUUUCUUUGUAGAUUUCAUGAUAACUGUGAAAAAAGUCCGAAAUUAGAAAAUUGCAUAUGAUAACAGUUUCUGUUAUUUUCGGGUUUUUCACUUUUUAUUUGGUUUUAUGCGGAUACCCGUGGUGCAAAAUCUCUCUGAUUUUUAUUUUUGACAAUACUGUGUCGUUAAACGAUAUUUUUACAUCCUGCAGUUACAUAAAGACAUAUUGAACGGAUUAUCGUAUUUAUAAGAGGCGAAAAGGUUUAAGGCGAGUGAUAAUUGAAUCGUGACAGCUGCAUUCCAUUAUUAUAUUGUUAUUGUGAUAAAAGUGAAAGAGUUUUCGUAUUUUAAUUGUUUUAUUUAAAAGUGAAUCUCGGCAACGUAAAUUGUCAUUAUCGUCAUUUAUUAUCGUACACUCGACCGUAAGAGAAUACGAUAGUUUCUAUUUAGUUCGUAAGUAUUAUAAUCAUUACGCGAUGCAUGCUGCGUCGUCGGAAUAAUAUUAUGAAUACGCUUCGGGCGGAUUUUAAACGCGUUAAUCAAAAAAACGAUUCACACGAAAUAAUAAUAUGAGCCAGCGGUGCGACAAACUACACCGUGGAACCUAUCGCCGGAUAAAUCACCGCGACAAAUAACGAUUCUUACAGUUUUUGCAUAUUUAUUUUCCAUUGUAAAGCGCUGCAGGUGAAAGUCGACGAAAAUAACAUUUUAUAUCGUUAAUUAUUAUUGUAUUGUUCCGUGCACUUUAGCACGGUAUACUAGUGGUACAUUGCAUUUGUGUUUGCGACCAUGUGAAAUAAUUCACACGAAAUAUAUAUUAUACAGGGAUCGAAUGUUCAGAUAAAAACACGAGGACAUUUCAGAGUUACCGAAAAUGUUUCCUAUAACAUUGAUAUUCUUGAGAAAAAAAUAAAACUACGGAAUAAUAUGUAGUCGUGUACAAACUUAUUAAAAUAUUAACCAGUUAUUGAAACGCGUCCAUUUUUAGUGCAGAAUCAAAUCGACUGCGAAUAUGAUCGAUAACCGGUAAAAAUGACGUACCCGCUACAAUAUUAUGUGGGCUAACGAACGAAAUAAUAAUAUCACGUAUAUAUAAUAUACCGCGACAAACAAUGAACGUAACACGCGUUUAGAACGAGCGCAAACUAAAAAAUAAAAAUUUGUAUUGUACGAGUAUAUAGGUAGUCGUUAUAAUAAUCAGAUAAUUCGAUACGUUCGACCGGUGUCGGGGUAUAAUUCCUGCCUUCCCCCUCUCACCCCGUAUUUUACACUCUUCGUAAUAACACACUUCUCCGACGAUUUCAUAAAAAAAAAUAAAAUAAAAAUAUGGUUUCGGCGAAGAAAACGUGUCCGACGAAUGAUAUAUCAUUAUUACAUUAUAUUUUUAUAUGUAUAAAUAAAUAAAUAUUAAAGAUGGGUUGAGAAAGAGAGCGGUAUAACUAUAGUGAACCUGUUUUUUGUUUCUUCAUUUUAUUUUAAAUUCGAAUUAUACAGUCUGGCACAGGUGAUUUUGGAUCCAGUUAAAAUUGAUUAUAACUCGGUUGAGCUUUGGUUGACGAAAAGAUUAAUUGAACUCAAUAAAGAUAUUAGUUGAACACGGUAAACUAAUGGUAAAACUACAAAAUCCGGAGAAGCUUUUGUUUGGGCAAAAGAAACCUGAAAUUUUAAAUUUUCCGGGUGAUCAUAAAAAUACGAGAAUGCGUGUGUCAUUUAGGGGAAUCGAAUAUAAUUAUACUUUUAUAUUUAUAAUAUCAAAAAAUAUCUAACAAUGUUUAAAUACAAUACCCUUCAACGGGCUGGCGUGCAUAAGGAGGUUUGGGGUUAUGUGCUCCAUUUGGCUUGAAAUUACAACAACCAUGAUUACUAACUUUUUAAAUUUAAUAAUUUUAUCUUGAAAUUAUAAUAUGAUGUUUCAACCAAGUUCAGAGGUAAAAGCUUGAUUUAUUGAAUACGAAUUAGUUUUUUCGGAUCCGUCUUUCGAAGUAUCACUAUAAGGAUAUAGCCUAUAGGUAUAAUAAAAAAAUAUUCUAUAAUUUAUUUAUGAAACAUGAUUAAUAUCUAUUAUAUAAACUCCCGUUCAAAAUUCCUGGAUACACUAUUGUGUAGAUGAGAUUGGUUAAAAAACUGAAAUUUAUAUUUUUAAUAUACAUUGUCCUUCACGUUUUUAAAAAUCCUGAACUUGAGUCGAUUGAAACUGUUAGAUUUUGUUUAAAAAUGUUUUUUUUUUUUUUUAAUUACUUUUUAAUUUUUUUAUUAAUUGCUCUUAACGCGCAGUCGUUAUUUUAACGAAAAUUACAAUAUUUUAAAUUGAAACUAUUAAUAUUUUAACGUUCACUUAAACGGUUUACCCACGCAAUAAUGUUGUUCACGGCCGUAAAUAAUUACCCGUUUUGAUUUGCUUCGAUAAAGGCUUUUUAUAAUACGUACAAAUAAAAGAAAAAAAAACCAAAUUCAAAUAUCGAGCGACAGACCGACUAUUGAGAUCAAAUUCAACAGAUCCGCUAUAUUAUUAUUUCAUCGUAUUGCAGUAGAAACGCGUAUGCACUGACGACAGUUUUCACGUAGGUAUCCGUUUUCACGACAGCUUGGCGCCAAACAAGAUGAAAACAAGAUAUCGAUCCGAGCAUUUCACGACGAAUUCCGAAUUAUUAGUUUUAAUAAUUAGUUUUUAUUUGCGUAUGCCAUAUAUACGAUUAUAACCGUGUUUAUAGUACAUUAAUUUCAUGUUUAAAUUUCAAUCAACUCGCUAGCCAUCAUAUAAUCAUUCGUGGUUUCAGUAAAAUAAGGAUAAAAAACAAACGGACAUACUUCGCAUUAUGGGUGGACCACUGUUGCAGGGGAGAAGUUAGAAUGAUAGAGCAGAAAUUUGAUGUGUAUCUGUAUGCAACGAUUAAUCAUUACUAACGAAAAACAAUUCUGAGCGGAGUUCGGUUAUACAAUUCUUCUAAGGCCGUAAUAUUUACAAUUUAAAAAUAAUAAAUUUCGAAAAUUUUUCUUAUUAUAAAAACCCCUGGAAAAGUUGAUCUCAGUGAAGUACAAUUCUAGGAAGAUUUUUUUUCAUAAAAAAAUGCUACUCUUGUAAAUCGGACUAAAAUUUUUGGUAGAAAAUAAGUUCACAGAUAACAAAAAUAAAAAUAAAACAAACAUUAUUAUAAAACCAUUAUAUUCCUCGCUUCGCUCAGAAUCUAAAAUGAAGUACUUACUAUCGAGCAGAUAAUGUCUGUCACAAUAAAUUACUGAAAUCUCGUGUCGGUCUGGUGACGACUUGGCGAUUUAACGACUUACGUCGUGCUUCGAAACAAAAGAAGACAAUAGCUAGAGAUACUUUACUUCGUGAGCCCCAUUUGUAUUUCACCAACCCAGUUUCUCGCUAACAAAUUUAGGGGUAGAAAAAAUAGUGAAAAUGGCAUUAUUAAUAUUAGAAUAUUAAUAUUAUCAAUAUUUUGUAAUCGUGUUCGAUAAGAAGCUGGAAUUAAUAAAAUAUACUAGUCUAUGAGUAUAUUGGGAAAAAAUUGCGGGAGAGCGUAUGCGUGCACGAUGGAUAUACAAGUGGGGCAAUUUAGAGGUCAAGAAUAACAGUAAAGCCUACCUGUUGGAAAAGUAUAAGAAAAUUCGAUGUUAUCGGUUAUUGUGAACUGCAGUUGCUACCAUUUGUUAAUAUGUUAAUAUAAUAACACUAGAAUACCACAACAAUGCAUUUAGAAGUUGUGUUUACACUUAGGCGCAUUUCGUGCAGCGUACCUGUAGUUCAUGUUAAUAAAGUGAUUCGUGUAUUACAGGGUGCUGAAAUUUUUGCAAACGCUCCGCGUGGUCCAGAACAAUGAGCCGAUCAGGGACAAGCUGAAGCAAUACCGUGAAGCGUACAACUACGGCACAGAGACUGGAUUGGGGAUAGGCGAAGGCGAGGACGAGAACCUGGUCAAUUCGGUGUGUUCGGAGUACCGGUACCCGUGUCGAAGUACUCAGAAAUCGUUGCAGAGGAACACGAGGGCUCUGGUGGACUUGGCCGGAUUCUGAUGAUCGGCGGCCCCUCAAGGCCGCCAUACUCGUUUCUUAUUAUGAUAUAUGCGUACCAUCACGAAAAUCGUUUGUCCGUCCUCGACAAAUGUUUUUUUUUAUUUAUAUUUUUUAAUCGUCCGAUAAAAGAAUUUUAUUAUUGCGAAUAGUCUGCAAGCGCUAGUAAUAAUAUUAUUAUUAUUAUAUUCGUCGACCUACAUUUUAUGAUAAAAAUAAGGUUUUCGAUAAUUUAUUAAUAUUAUUAUAGUUUGGCGAUUACGUUCUACAUUUAUGUUUAGUUUAAUUAAUUUAUUGUAUUCGUGCAUUAUUAUUAUGAAAAUAAAUAUAUUUUUGUUUUUUUGUAAAA